AUGCCGAACAGCACAGCCUUCGAUUGGCCGUUUCAGCUUGCUUCUCGUUUCACUUUCGGGCCAGAGCAUGGCAUGGAUUCAGGAGAGCUUCCAGACCCCCUUCUGCUCCCUAGUUCCAGUCUAGAGACAGGCCGUUGCAUUGCGAGAGACGCAUUACUGGCGAGAGUGGGCCAGCACCAGCAGCGAGGGAGAAGCACCAAGAUCCACACUCGGAAACUGAACAAGACGCCAGAUUUGGCGGUUGGACUUAUGGAAGUGGAGGGCUCGCAGGCCGCCAUUACGAGCGAUCGACGCCGCACAGGCGCAGAGACUGCCCGAGACGGACAGAGACGGACAGAUUGGCGGCAAUUAAUCAGACUAGGACAGGCCCAGAAGAAACUACGGAACCUAAAUUGCUGUCAAAUUCUGCAGUCGUCAAGCUUUUACUUGUUCGGGGAGGGCUCGCGGGUCCGGGCGAUAUUCAUCUCGGCCGCUGGAACUUCUCUUCCGCUGCCAUCGAUGAUGAGUGAACAAUUUGACGAUGGACAGGAUGUUCAGAUCAGCACUCGGGGCAGGUUUCUUCUCCUCUGGCUCUCGUUGCUUGGCUGCAUCGUGCCAACGUCUGCUCCACCUAUCAGUCUGCCGACAUCGAUCGACCGUGCCGUGCCCACCCCGAUUCCCUAUCCAACUGGCCUUGCGCAAGCGAAUACUCCGUCGAGACUGGAUAGUUGA